AGUUGAAACAUAUACUCCUUUAGGACGUUAUGCUCAUUCUACUAUCCUUGUUGGUAAUAAACUUUAUAUUUUUAGCGGAGUGGCUAAUGGUGAUUCAAAUGAAGUUGAUAUAUCUAAACAAUUUAAUGCAGAGAACCCACCAUGGACCGACCUUACAUUAAAUUCAGGAAUUGGAUUCAAAAUAUAUGAAUUUAAUCUAAAAUUAGGACAAUGGAUCAUGCAUGUAAUGAAAGGAAAUGUUCCAGCACGACGUAGAGAAAUUCAAGCUGUUGCUGACAAUUUUGGGAAUAUUUAUUCAUAUGGUCCUAUUGUCAAUGCUCCAACACCAUAUACUGAUUAUACUGCAACAUUAUUAUUAGAUGGUGUUAUAAUAUAUAUUGGAGGUCGUGAAAAUAUCGAUGGUAUUCUUGUUCUUGCUGUU